UUUUGUUUUUCUGCAGUUUGUUGUUAGUGCUGAACGGCGAACGGGCAGCGUUUGGUUGCCGGAGACUCUGAGAGACGACACACAGCAGCAGUAGCGGUGGCAGCAACAGCAGCGAAGGAGACAUCGUCAUUUUGGCCACAAGCCCACGACAAGAAUACAGUGGCUUCAGCUUCAGCUUCAGCUUCAUCUUCAGCACUCCAUUUCUAUCCACUUUGGUCUUGGUCUUGGUCCUUAUCUUAGCCAAUUCAGACUGUGUGUGUGUUUUCGUGUGUUUUUUGCUGUGUUCUUGUGUAUGUGUGAAAGUGUGGGAGCCGUCAAAUCAAGUGCCAAGUGACCAGAAACACCUCCCCCGUAUGCCCCCCUUAAGGGCCGGACAAUCACCAAAGACAACAAACGGAAAGUGCAAAAAACUAAUUAAGAUUAAGGGGCGAUCGCCGGUGGCUGGUACUCCCAAACCGGAAACGGAAACGAAACAAACGAAUUUUACGACACAACAAGCAAACAAAAAAGAAGAGAAAAACUACUAAAACAACAGGUGUUCUGGCUUUAACAUUUUUGGGGACAAAAGGAGGAAAUAUUUUUUGGGAAUUUUCGAAAACGAAUUAGUGAAAAAAAAAAACAUUGCAAGAGAAGUUCAUGCGUGCCAAAGAGUCUCUUUCGAUUAGUAUGUGUAUGCGUGUAGCUCCUUGAUAGUGUGAGUAAGAGUAGUGUGUGUGUGCGUUUUUGUGUGUGUAGGUGUAUGUUUCACUGUGUGUAAUUGGUGUGCUCUCGAGCGCACGUGCAGCGAAGAUGGUCGAGGAAUUCCUGGAGAAGUUGCCCGAAAUCGACACACGAUACGAGGAUAUUGUGCCGAUGGAACAAGUGAGCUCGAUGGUCUCCAACGGCGGCGGCAGCGUGACCAUGCAGCGCGACGAUGAAUACCGAAACCGCAUCAUGAAAAGUAAUGCCAAAGGCCCCAACAUAUCGGACCGCACGGACAGCCUCUGGCAGACGACUGCCAGCAGCAUGCAACAGCAGCCACCGCAGCGGCAUGCACGACCUGCACCCCAGUACCAGCACCACAAUCAGCUGCCACUGCACCACCAGUCGCAGUCACAGUCCCAGCACCAGCACCAGCACCAGCACCAAUCCCCGCACCACCAUGCACCACGCACCAACGGACGCCACAUAAUGCUGGGUGGCAGCAACCACAGCAGCCAGCGCGAGGCGAGCGUGUCGCCGCGGCGGGUGGCACUCGACACCACCGCAUCGGGCUCCACCAGCGGCUUUGGUUUCAGUCGAGCGGACGAGGAAAUCAGCGACAAGGCCUCAACAUGCGGCAAACUUCUCAUCUUUCUAUCCGUGGCAUUAGUGAUACUGACUCUGCCCUUCAGUCUCUUCGUAUGUUUCAAGGUGGUGCAGGAGUACGAGCGAGCGGUUAUCUUCCGUUUGGGCCGUCUCAUGCAAGGUGGUGCCAAAGGCCCAGGUAUCUUCUUCAUCCUGCCCUGCAUCGACUCGUACGCCCGUGUGGAUCUGCGUACCCGCACCUACGAUGUGCCCCCACAGGAGGUUCUCACAAAGGAUAGCGUUACGGUUUCGGUGGAUGCAGUGGUUUACUAUCGCGUAUCAAAUGCAACGGUCUCUAUAGCGAACGUGGAGAAUGCUCACCAUUCGACCAGACUACUGGCACAGACUACUCUACGAAACACAAUGGGAACUCGGCAUUUGCAUGAGAUACUCAGCGAGCGUAUGACGAUUUCCGGCACAAUGCAGGUUCAACUCGACGAAGCCACCGAUGCCUGGGGCAUCAAAGUUGAACGUGUUGAAAUCAAGGACGUGCGUCUACCCGUGCAACUGCAACGUGCCAUGGCCGCCGAGGCUGAGGCUGCCCGUGAGGCACGCGCCAAAGUCAUUGCCGCCGAGGGCGAGCAGAAGGCAUCACGGGCCCUGCGUGAGGCAUCAGAGGUGAUUGGCGAUUCGCCGGCCGCCCUUCAACUCCGGUAUCUGCAGACACUCAACACCAUAUCCGCGGAAAAGAACUCGACGAUUGUGUUCCCCCUGCCCAUCGAUUUGAUAACGUAUUUCCUGAAGACCAAUGAAGCCUCCACCCAGCGGAAAGCGGCCAAUGCCAGGGAUGCCCUCGGCUAUACGCCGCCUCCCCUGCAACUGCCGCCUCAGGUGCAGCAGUACCAGCAGCAGCCGCCAUACCAGCAGCAGCCACCGCAGCAGCAGCAGUACCAACAGCAGUCUCAGGAUCAGCAGAUGCAGCAGCAGCAACAGCAACAGCCGCCGCAGCAGCAACAACCCCCGCAGCAGCUGCAGCAGCAGCCAAUACAGCAGCAGCAAAUGCAGCCUCAGGCGUAUCAACAGCAGCAGGAGCAGCAGCAGAUAUCCUCGGCCAUGUAAGACCACUGCAAAAUGUACAGUGGAUAUACAUGGGUCCCCAUGGAAUCGAAACCUAGUUUGUAAGACCCAUAAGUGCGUUUAGGGGCUGUACCAACAGCAGCAGCAGCCCCCACGAACAGCAGAUGUAGUUGCAACAUCAAGCAGCAGCAAAUGCAACAACAAGUACCACAAGAAGUACCAGCUGUGCUAGCAGCAGGGAUACGCAGAUCUCCCCCCGACCAUGUAACACCAGCGAAGGACACUGGUCUUGGGGGAAUCCAAUUUUUUUGAAGUAGAUUAUUCAUAUAUUUUAAUUGUUUAAGGCUAUCCUCAGAAUGGGCAAAAAGUUAUUCCCUGAGCUGGGUAUUUCAUUAGAUUAGAUUAAUAGUAGUAUUCUAACGUUGGGUCAUAGCCCUAACGAUCGUCUAGGAUGUAGUGGACCUGUCGCCGUCUCUCGUGAAAAUUCUAAAACCAACCAGUUCUGAGAAUACGGAGAAUUUGCUGCAACAAAUUUCCGGAUAGUUAGAAAUGGUUGGUUUGGUUUUGUAUUUUCACAGCAAGGAGUGUCUGGCCGAGGCAGGCCCUUUCAAUAUUUGCCAGCUUUAAGUGACCGCUGGCUGGCAUCUAUUAAAUAUUUAAAAUUAUUCCAAUAACCAAUCGUAAUACUUGAAUACUUGUAUUUGGAAAGUACACAACGUGAUAAUUCUCGUGUGUGCGAAAGGAAUGGAGGCCUGGGAUAAUCCUAAAUGCAUUUGGGAUUAGCCCCACCGAAAGGUAUACGAUUUGAUGUCCAUUUCGGAUGCCGGAUCUGAUUCGGCAUGAAUCGAGCAUAGGUCAGAUGUGGUAUCCAUUAUGGAGAGACGAUCGACAACACAAUAAAUAAAAGUAAUACGAAUUUAUUGUACAUACAAUAAACAAUACACCCAAACUGUUCACCCAUUAUACAUACAUAGGGAACGGAACUAACUCUACAUAUUGGACAGUCAAAUAUCGUUGCUAAAUAGCUAAUUCAUACUCCAUAAAUACAUACGAGUACUAAAUACAUAUUAGUAGUUGAAUAUUGAAAUACUAUAUUGUAUCGCACAAAAAUAGACAUUUUAUUCUGAAAAACAUCCCCAAAACAAAUAAAAGAUCCCAAACGAAGUGGUAGAGGUACACACAUUUAAGAAAGUAAAGGUGGUGCAUAUUAUAUUUGCAUUAUUAUCGACUCAUUACUAUUCUUAUUAAUGAAACAAAACGAACACCUAAUA